CUCAUUUAUUUUCAUCUUUAUCACAUAACUCUUGAACUAGGAGCAGAGAGAGAGAGAGAGAGAGAGAGAGAGCUAUAUAAUAUUAAUUAAUUAAGAAACUCAAUGAAAAUGAUGAAGGGAAGCAGUAGUUCAGGUGCUGAUUACCGUUUGACAAGAGUUGGGGUGGGUUUGAUGGUGGUGAUGAUGAUGGUGUGUUUUGGGAGUGAAUUGGGGAGUGCGAAGCCUAGCGACGCGCAGUGCCAGGAGGAGAUAAGGAUUGGGCUAAACGAAUGCAAGGCGGUGUUGGCUGGGAUUACACCUCCGUCGGCGGAGUGUUGCCAGCGUGUAAGGGUGACUCAUAUUGAAUGUGUUUGCCAACUUAUAUCACCCCAGAUCGCUGCUUAUAUCGAUCUCAAACGUGCCAUUUCCCUUAUUCAAAAAUGCGGUCGCCGGGUGCCUCGCCACUACAAGUGUGGGAGCAUCACUACUCCAUGAGAGGCUAUAAGAUUUAAUUGGAUCGGCCAUUGCCUUAAUUGGCAGCCAUUUGUGGUUAUUGAAGGGAGGCUUUUAAGUGUUAUCCAUAUGUGUAAUAAGAGGGCUAGCAUAUCUAAUAUUUGUUCUAGUCCCGUAGUAUUUGAUGUGGUACAACCGUAAUUAUCGUAUUUCUGCCUAAACUUGAUCAAGUAUUUUAAAGAUUUUAAGCUUGAAAAUUGUAAUGAAUGAGGGCUAAUAUUCAUCAGUUGUAUCUAAAGACGGUCUGGUCUUUAUUUUUAAGAAUAUCGCUUUUAAUAUUUUCUAGUAGAGUUUGUACUGAUAUAAACUUAUAACUAAUAUUAUAUUCCUCCUUUAACAAUCA